AUGGAUGAGUUCAGUUCCAACCAGGCUACAGAUUCACAUACCCUUCACUUGGGUUCCAAUUCCAACCAGGUUGCUGCUGACGAUGCUACCCAAACCCAAACCCAGAUCAGGAGCCAGUCUGCAGCUGGGGAUGGCAGCCAAGCGGAGAUCAUAACCAUGGAUGCAAGUGUGUACAAGGCCGCAGCAGAUGGUAACAUCCAUGCCCUCCAGCAAUUCCCGGAACCCAAUUCGGUCAGCUUCGCUGUGUUAAAUGGAUGCUUGAGUUUCCUUGGUGUUCAUCGCUACUGCAUCGGCAAAAUCAGAAAAGGGGACACUCCACUUCACCUUGCAGCAAGGGAAGGGCUUUUUCUGGUGCUGAGAGCUCUCAUGGAUGCUGCAAAACUGCUUCCCCUGGAUAUUGAAAGUGGGAUUGGGGCAGAAAAAGCGAUGCUGAGGUUGACCAAUAAAGGGGGCGACACAGCCUUGCAUGAGGCAGUCCGGUAUAAUAAUUCUGAGGUGGUCAAGUUCUUGAUUAUGGAAGAUCCAGAGUUCGCCUAUAGUGAAAAUAUUGAUGGUGGGACUCCUCUUUACAUGGCUGCAGAGAGGGGAUUUGGUAAAUUGGUUGAAAUAAUCAUAGACAACACUCGUACUUCCCCAGGUUACACUGGCUUCACCGGUAGAACCGUUUUACACGCUGCUGUAAUUCAUAAAAACACAGGUAGAGUGCGUUUGUCAGUGUUUUUCUUUAAAAUAUUUUUAAUGAAAGCGUUUUUAAAUAAAGACACAGUUAAAGUGCUUUUGAUGGUGUUCAUCAUGGUUUUAAAAACCGGACCGGACUGGCCGGUCCAAUCGGUUGGACCGCCAGCCAGUCAUCGUACCGGUUCGGUCCGGUCAUUAGACCGGAUGGAGACCGAACCGGGAUUGGACCGUUUGAACCGGCGGUCCAACCGGUGA